AUGGCAAUCCUUCCGCAGAAUGUAUCAGAGCUACUCAAAGACGAUCUGUCGCUAGACAGGGUAAGGGAUAUCAAAGAACAGCUGAUCAAGCAGAACUCCACAACGGAGUACCAAUUAAGCAAGGAGUCUUCCAAGUACCUUGGUUACAUCGAAGAGGCCUUUAAAAUGCUCAACGUUUCACAAAAAUCUGUAAACUUCGUUAGAGAGUCAAUUUCGGAGGUCAAUAAGCUAAGCGAGGAAAACAAAACGUCUAUUAAAAGAUACGAAAUCAUCAGUGAAGCCACAGAACUCUUCGAAACGAUUAAAACCACUUCAGCAAUCUAUGAGAAAAUUGUCCAAUUUGGCGCUCUCAUAGAUCAGCUAAAUCACAUGCUCGAUGAGGAACUGGAUGGGGAUGCCUUAGAGACGGAUUGUCCCUCUCUGCUACAAAUUCAUUAUUUAAUAACAAUGGCCCGGAAUUUCCAGGACCAUGUAUCAGCGAUGGCAAGUGUUUCUACUGAUGAUGUACAGAGAACCGCAAGCAAGAUUUUUGCUCGUGUUUCCGGUGUCACCACGAAAUUCGAUCAACUGCUAGAGUCACUCAUCUACGAUAUAGUAGAGAUAGCCAGGGGAGAAAACACAUCACUCCCCAUGAGGAUUUUCAAAGUGCUAGAUGUGGAGGAGCGAGAAGAUAUCAGAAUUAUGGCUAUCAGGAACAUUAUAAAAAAGAAAGAGAUUGAAGCCAAGAAGAUGAGCGUUAGAAAAUUGCCAAACUCUUCGUCGGUGCUGAGUAAAAGUCUGGACGAUGCUGGUGAAAACGAAGACAAUUACCCAACUGAUAAAGGAAUAUACACGGAACUGUUAAAUGGUACAAUAAGCACUAGAACCUUACCGCGUGGAUACCGGACGUUUUUUCACAAUAAGCUAAAACAAUCCAUUCAAGAUAUGUUUGUCGAGGUGCGUAAGACAUAUACUGGGGAUAAGAAGUUUGAGGUUUUGAAUAACUUAGAUUGGGUUUUCAACGAGCUGAUAGUUGUUAAGUCCAUCCUCGUCAACUACACCCCAUCGCACUGGAAUAUUUUCCAGGUGUUUUACGAAUUAUAUUAUGCUGAACUGAACAUGCUCAUUAAUGAGUUGGUCGAGGCAGAACCAGAAACUCUGAUCAUUCUGGAUAUCCUGGAUUAUGAUAGGUCGUUCCAAGCGCAUUUGGUGGCCGAAUUUGGAUUCCAAAAGAAGGAGGCCAAAAGUAUCAUAGGAGCAGAGCAGAGAGAAACACUGUUUACAGAUUAUUUGAACCUAAUAUUGGAAAAGAUGAAAGAAUGGGUUGCCAAUUUGGAGAAGGCAGAAUUUGACGUGUUUUUGGAGAGAUCUACUCCACCACACGUCGAUUCUGAGGGAUUACUAUUCCUCGAUGGUACCAAGACCUGUUUCCAAAUGUUUACACAACAGGUAGAUGUUGCAUCAGGUUCGAACCAAGCAAAGAUUCUAGUGGGUGUUAUUCAAAGGUUUGUCAUUUUGUUGUUGGAGCGUCAACAAUUAUGGACUAGUAAGAUUAAAGAGGAGGUGAAGAAACUAUUAAAAUUCAAUGAAUACUACGAUGAAGAUCCACAAAACAUACCAGAGGAGGUACAAGUACCAGGUGGGUUGAUUGAAUACCUUGUUGCGAUCUCGAAUGACCAGAUGAGAGCUGCUGAUUACAUGAUAGCGAUUACCAAAAAGAACUCUGAGCUUGUUAGUAAAGUUUGGAUCAAAGACAUUGAUCGUUCUGCGGACAAAGCACUGGAUUCCUUUGCUGAUCUGGUGAGAGAAAGUUGUACGGGAUUAGUGCAUAUUAUAUUUGAUGACUUGAAAAAGCCUUACAGUGAGAUAUUCAGCAAGAGUUGGUACGCUGGGAACCAGGGGAAGCAAAUAUCUGUCACGCUAAACGAAUAUUUGCUUGAGAUAAGACCUCAGAUGAGUACGAUUGUGUUCAUUACUUUUUUGGGCCUCCUUAUUGAUGAAACCUUCUUUAGGUUUGUGGAUGCAUUAAACUUUGGACAUUCAUUCAAGACGAAGGGGAACAAGUUUUUGGAUUCCAUGAAGCGUGACUUCGAAGUCUUUUACAGCACGUUCGAGAAGUUUGUUGAACCCGAGCAGAGGGAUGACCUGAUCGUUAAGAAAUUUACUGUGACGAAAUACUUCAUGGAUCUAAGUUGCGGGCCGGUGGAUACCGUGCCAGAAGUAUGGACCGAGAUGAUUGCCAGCUACCCGGAGACCCCAAUUGAUUUCUUGGAGGCUGUAUUGAGGUGCAGAAAGGAUGUAGACAGUUCUCAGCGGAAGCGCAUGGUUCUUCAAGGUUCGGAAUUAGUACAGGGCCCAGAAUUCGAACAAACAGUGAUUGAUCUACAAGCAAGGGGUGAACUAUCCUUCAUUGGCCGUUUCAGAUUGAGGGCGUCACAUUGA